UGCAAAACCAAUCCCCAGUGUCACGAUAAAGAUUCAUGCUCAAAGGCUGUAAACGCCGAGCAUAGGCCUGAAUUUUGCAGCCCUUCACCGGGAAAUGGUGUGACGUCUCCAAUCUCCACAUCAGUGAAAAAAUCUUGAGAGGGACGUUAGACAAUACAAUCAAUCUAUCUAUUGUUAGUUGCACUUUCUGGUAGAGAUUGCCACAGUGGUCUUCCAUAAAAGCGUCUUAGUGAACGAGAUUUUCUUUCUCCAGUGGAGAAAGCAUUCAUAAUUUUAUUCUUCAAAAUUUUAAGACAGCAGAGUAAUAUUUUAAAACAACGAUGAGCUCCAAAACGGAGGAUAACAUAUUACCAAAGGAGAAAGAACCCACACAAACGCGUGAAAAGGAAGAGAAAGCAGAUCCCAAAAAUGUACAUUCAGCUAAUGAUUGGGAAAGUGUAGAUCUUGGAGAUGACGAGAGGAAGAAGAAAUUUUUACGCUUGAUGGGUGCAGGAAAAAAAGACCAUCAUGGCAAAAUAAUCAUUGGAGACCACGAAGCUGUACAUGCCAGAACAAGAGGUGAGACUGAGCAUGUGGAUGAUGUUUUAGAGGAACAGUUUAAACAAGGUCUGGAACACAAGAUGGCUGGUGGGUUCAAAGGUCAUUUAGGGCUUGGAUUUCACAAGGAUGAAAAAAAUGAGGGUGAGCAAAUUAAAGAGGAGAGUGCAGCUGAUAAAAAGGAGGAUAAAGCUGAGCAGGACAGUUUACCGGAAAAAACGAGGAAAGAGUCCGAGGGCAGUGAUAAUUCCAAGGAGGUGGCACAGAAGCAUAAACAAGAUACUGAUGAAGAAGAAGAAGAUGAAAGUGUAAAAAAGAAAAUGAAAAUGAAUUUUGUGAAGGCUAGUUCAUGAAUUCCAAAAAAAAAAAAAAUAAAAAUAAAAAGAAAGAAAGGAAAAGACAUGUGAAUGAAAUUAAGUACUUUGUUACCUCAUUCAUGUUAAAGAAUUCAUCUUUGUUAAGAAUAAAUGAAGUGAAUUAAUUGUUAGUUGAAUGAAAGAAUUUGAAAUAUGUUUCAGUAAUAUGAUUAUUACUGUAUGUGUCAAGAGUUUUUUUUUGUUUUAACCCAAAACCAUGAUUCAUGAAUAUUCAUCAUAUGAAGAUUCUCUCACCUUUGCAUUGAAUAUUUUCAAUAUCUUGUGGCAAUAAAGCUCAGCAUCUGA